GGCGCAGUGAGCUCUUCUGUCUAGAACUGCUGUUUAUUAUUGACUGAAAACUGAUGUAAAUAGUUCAGAUGAUUUAAGCAGCAGCUCCUGACAGCUGAGAGCUCGAUCAUGAUGGUUUCUGAGAGUUUGUUCUGUACGCUGUGGAUGUUAUCGCUUUUUGGGCAGUAUUUAGGAGAAGAUCUGCAGUUUUCUGGUCCGGCUAAUGGAGCAGUAGAAGGAAGUGUGGUGUUUGCUCCUGAUAACCCGCCCUCCACAUCAAUUAAUAUAGUUCAGUGGAAUUUUGGAUCAACUCCUAUAUUGUCAGUACAGUCUGGUUCAACUGUAAUAUUCCCAGCAUACACAGACAGAGCCAGUUUUGACAUAAACACUUUCGCUUUGGAGCUCCGGAACCUGACACUGGAUGAUUCUGGAACAUACAAACUAACUGUAGCAACUAGUGCUGGAGAGACACUUACAGGAGAAACUACACUACAAGUGUUCGAAAAUAUAGCUAAUGUCAGACUUAUUGGUCCAGAAGAAUCAUUAAUAGAGGAGAAUCAUCUGCUAACAUCAGCUCUGGAACUGGCAGCAUCCUCUCUGUGCAGUGGAUCAAGAUAA